ACUCGAUGUGUUCUGUGUGCUUAUCAGUGGAGCGACGGUGAUUGAUAAGUUGCUGGAAGAGCUAGAUGAGGGGCUCGCAUUCGGGCGUGAUCAUCACAUCGCGCCGCGUUAUCGUCCACCUUGAGAAGAUGAUGCUUCCCCAAACAACGCUAAUCCAAUGCACGUGGUUCUCUGACGGUAGAGUAGAGCUUCUUCGGUAAGAUUUAGAGUGCGCUGGAGGCUAGUUGGGUUUGUAUUCUGUUAGAAAGCAGUCGUGAAUUAUGCGUGAUCUUGGCAAGCUGCAACUGCCGGAAGAUGUCGAGUCAGGUGUAUUGCUUACGCUGGAGGAUCGUUCUCCAAGACCGUUAAAUGAUAAGUACAGUCCGUCUAUCUUAACGCCGGAUUCGAGCAGUUCGCCCAGAUCUCCGUUUCGGUUCGACUCGAUGCGCUCUUCGGGAAGAAGACCACCACACUACCGACCUGGGUACAAGAAACCCCGCAAGCGAGCAGUCUUUAAAAACGGAUACUGCAACGUGAGUGCUACGAAGGUCCCGCACCAACGAUUACGCUUUCUACAAGAUAUUUUCACCACACUGGUCGAUGCACAGUGGCGUUGGACUUUGUUGGUGUUUGCGCUCGGGUUCGUCAGCUCGUGGGUCCUGUUCGGCGGGCUGUACUGGUUGAUCUCGUACACGCACGGCGAUCUGGAUGAGAAUCACUUGCCACCGUUGCAAGGCGACAACAACUGGACGCCAUGCAUUUCGAACAUCUACUCGUUCACGUCGUGCUUUCUGUUUUCGCUCGAAACGCAGCACACGAUCGGGUACGGAUCGCGCGCCAUGGAGGAAGAGUGUCCGGAGGCGGUGUUCGUGAUGACGCUCCAGUCCGUGCACGGUGUGAUGGUGCAAGCCUUCCUGGCGGGCAUCGUCUUUGCCAAGAUGACGCGCUCGAAGGGACGCGCUCAGACGCUUCUCUUCUCAAAGCAGGCCGUCAUUUCGCAGCGGGACGGUGAGCUGUGCCUGAUGUUUCGCAUCGGUGACAUGCGCAAGAGCCACAUCAUCGGAGCGAACGUGCGGGCCCAGCUGAUACGGGCGAAGGUGACGGGCGAGCGGGAAGUGAUGCCCCAGUACCGGACCGAGCUGGAGCUGACGUCGGACGACUGCUCGUCGGAUGUGUUUUUCCUCUGGCCGCAGAUCGUGGUACACCGGAUCGACGAGAAGUCACCGCUGUAUGGCUAUUCUGCCGAGGCUGUGCUGCUCGAGCGGUUCGAGAUAGUGGUCGUGCUCGAGGGUACGGUGGAGUCGACGGGACAAACGACGCAGGCAAGGACGAGCUACGUCAACACGGAAAUCCUGUGGGGCCAUCGGUUCGAGCAGGUGCUGGUGUACAAUGCGGACAUUGAGAGUUAUGAAAUUGAUUUUUCCAAGUUCAACGAGACGGUUGCGCUAGAGACGCCGCGCUGUUCGGCCAAGCAGCUGAAGGAGUGCUUCAAACUUCCACUUAGAGGUCGGUCCUGUGAUCCUUUGGUAGGACCCGAGCUGCGACUGUCCCAUGUGGCGCUGGAGAGCGAACGAAUCAAUCCCCAGUUUCUGUUUCCCGUGUUUGACCGACGGCGAUCGCGCUCAUCAACCGAGCUGUGACCACUUUGUCCGGGAGCGCCCGCGAACGUACCUUCGGGUCAAAUCGAUCCGCCGCCGGCGUGAUUAAAUAUCAUUUGUAUGAUUGUACGAGACAAUAAACGUGUUUUCAACAGUGUAA